UCGAACUGUAACAAUAAUAUUUGAUAAGUCUUUCAAAACCAAAAUAAAAUAACUCUAAUAUAAAUUUAUUACAGUCAAAGUUUACUAAAAUAUAUGUUUAGAUUGAAGGAUAUUCUAUUGAUGUUGCAAUCGCAUCCCAAAUGCUGGUUAUUUAUUAUACUGGAGUCGACAGUGCUACUGGGUGUUAUACAACCUUUCAAUGAGCUUACUUCUCGCGAUAUGCCACGUGAAAUGGCAUACAGUCUGCUGUACACAGGUUGUGCGAUGAGUACAUUUUACUACGGAUAUGGAAUAGUCCUGCUAAGAACAACCGGGUCAUGUAAUGACUUUCUAUGUCGGAUUUGUGGAGCUAGUCUCAAAGUUUGGAACACCUUCAGUUUCCUUAUGAUGCUGCCUUGGAGUAUGAAAAUAUAUGCACAGAUUGAUAAGAUAUCUAGCUGCAUUUUAAGUUCGAUCAAUCAACAUCCAAACAUUUAUGUGAUCUUCGGAGAUAUAAUACUUGUAGCUCAACUAUUAUUACUUUGGAUUUCAUUAAUUUUUGCUAUAAUCCAUGGCUAUAAUAUGACAACUGGUCUGCGUAUAAAUCAACCUCGACGUAAUCAAGAACUUAGAGCAUAUGCAAUGGCUUUGAAUCGUUCGCUCGGCUUUGAUAUGAUUCGAAUUCCUUGAUAUUAAUAGAAUGCUUUGAUAAUUGAAAGAUGACCCAAAUUACAUACAAAAUUGUUAACAUAA